UAUAUAGGUGCCUGUCUACAAUACGCAAGAUGAGGUAGAUUGAGUUACCUUGCGGAAGUGCUACGGAAUGUACCGACGGCAUUAUUGUUUAAAGUAUUAGCAUGUUACAAAUACCUCCCUUCAAAGGACCGAUAGCUUUCAUAUUAAAGGACCAUGAAUCACAGGAGUUCGUAUUAAUCUCCCAUUAUCUUAGUGUGCGUCAUUUUCAGCAAUGUACACACACAGAGGCGCUGCCGAUAAGACAACGAUAGGGAAACUUAUCAUUCCACCGCGAUUACGAGUCGAACGCAGAUGGGCUUGUGUCAUCGUUUUUAAAAAGUAAAAAUGCGCGCCCUUUGUUAUUUGACGUUUCUAUUUUUCAUAUUUAAAAAUGGAAGUGCUCAAGACGUUUAUGAAGAAUUAAUAAAUGAAGAAGUGUUGAAAUUAAUACAGUUGUGUGAUGUUUGUACGUGCAGUGAAAUUCCGGAUAUCGAUAGGACUCACAUAGUGUUGUAUGUUCAGUGUUCAGAGUUCGAUAGGAUCGGUAAUGUUGCCGACUUAGACAAGAUCGCUUGGCCAUUAAAUCCGAACGGAUUGAAAAUAUCGGCGACGUUCGACGGACUGGGAUUGUCAACAUUGGGCAAAUUGCCUCCAAAUUCGCAAGUGGAAACGCUAAAGUUUACUAACAAUGCCAUUAAAGCGUACUGGCCAGAUCCGUUCAGUGACGUUCCAAAUUUGAAAAUACUGUCAUUCUCGCACAACGAACUGACGGAGAUCACGCCCGACCUAUUCACGAACAUUGAAGGAUUGGAAGAUCUCGACCUAUCACACAAUAAGCUAUCAGAAUUUAACACUUUAGACUUCAAACAUUUACGACACGUGAAGAAAUUGAGUUUGCAGAGUAAUAAUUUAAAGAAAAUACCCUUGGAAGCUCUGCAGCCUAUGACGUCACUUGAAGAGCUGGAUAUCAGCAAGAAUGGAAUCUUUGACUUGUUCCUCCAAAAAAAUGAUGUUGAGAAUUUAGCUCGACUGAAGAGAUUGAACCUUAAUGACAAUAGAAUAAGAUCUAUAACGAAGGAUUCCUUCCCUGCUAAUAACAGCCUAGAACUAUUGGACUUAUCAAACAACAUCAUAGAAGUUGUGGAAGAAGAAUCUUUCUUAACCUGCACGAAUUUAAGAGAAUUGAACCUUGCGCAGAACAACAUAACGUUACUUUUCGCUUUGCCGCCUACUUUGCAGAUUGCCAUACUGAAAGUGAAUACUUUGUUCCAUUGGCCCAAGUUCCCGAGUGGUAUAAAGUACAUAGAUCUAUCGUAUAAUAGGUUAUCGGAACUAUAUGAUGAGAAUUCAGUCAACUUCGACAGUUUAGAGGUACUAAACAUCGGUGGAAAUCAAAUAAAGGAACUGAACAUAGAGAAGAAACUGCAAAGCUUAUACAUCCUAGACUUAUCUUACAACCUCAUCACAGAAAUACCAAAGACAAUUAGCACACAAUUUUUCCCCAAUUUAGAGGAGUUACAUUUAGAUGGCAACCCCAUAGAGGCGGUUUAUUUUAAAAAUAUAAUUGCAGUAAAGAGUUUGUAUAUGAAUGAGAUGAAGGCUCUGAGCGUUGUCGAUGAGAAAGCGUUCAGCAACGUGGUUGGUCGAGCGGCAGAUGAGACGGAGAAUGAGUUGAACUGUUUCUCUCUCUAUCUCUCUGGUUGUUCGUCUUUGGCAGAAAUUAAGGCGGGAGCCUUUGAUGGAACUUCGUUGUGUAUGCUGGACAUAAGCAAGAACAACCUGACGUAUCUCCCGAAGACGCUGGUGGACUGGUCGGCAGUGAGCGAGGGCGUGAACCUGCAGCACAACCCGUGGGACUGCAGCUGCGACAUGCAGUGGGUGGUGGACGAUCUACUGCCGCAGAUGUAUGCCAUGAACCAGUCGCAUCUCUUGGCUGAACUUCGGUGUGGUACUCCUCGAGCCUUCGAAGGUCUCCGACUGGUGCACUGGUACAACUGGACGGAGCGCGCUAUGUGCAGUGAGCAGUACUCGCGCAGUGGCAUGCAUGGGAACUACAUGCUGGAACCAUCAACGGAGAACAAUCUACAGAAAUUUAGUUCCCUAACUAUAAUCUUAGGAGCAUGUAUCAUAGUAACGUUACUGAUAGCGAUAGCUCUCGCAGUGUACUUGGUGAAGACGCGCAAACAGUACCGCGUGCGUCGCGCGGCCAUGCGCAGGAAGCGACAGAGCGCCGCCGACAUCACCAACGGGCAUAAAGAACAGUUCACUAAUCUGAAUACUAGUAAAGUAUAACUUGUGUACAUUGUAAUAGGUUUUAGAAUUGUUUAAGGCGGUUAUGAAAAAUGAGAUUACAUUUUUGUAAAGAAUUUCUAAUAUCACAUCACAUUACAUCAACAGUCUAUAAAGGUAAGCGUCCACAGGCCCGCAUCGUACGCAUCGCACGCAUCGCAUGUAGGCAUUGCUGAUGAUGCGGUCCGUACGAUGCGGAUCAGUGGACGCAGUUGUAUGAGUUUCUGUACAAGACAAACUAAAAUCCGUUGCGUGAGAUGCGUACGAUGCGGGCCUGUGGACGCGUACCUACCUUAAGUGCCCAUGGCAAACCAAUGCCUGUUCUGUAUUGCGCAAACAACAUCGUAUGCGUCGCGCAGCCAUGCGCAAGAUGCGACAGAGCGCUGCCGAGUUCAGCAAUGGACAUAAAUAAAGUAAUCUGAAUACUAGUAAAGUGUAAUUAUUGUAGUAGUUGUAAUCUUUUAGAUAUUUUUUUAUGUUAUGAAAUAUUUCGGAUGUAUUAAUGAGAUUUUUUUAUAUUGAACUUAUGUCAAAAGAUAGACGUGUGUGUUUAUGCCUUUUUUAAAAGCUUAUCGAUUAAUUAUUGUAGUCAUUUCAUACAAAGAAUAUAGAUUUAAGAGGCUUUUGAGAUUGUUUCGUUAUUUCUGAGUACUUUAGUAACUAAAUUAAACUAUGAGGUAAUUUUCAGUAUUUUUUCUAGAGUUGAGUUAAGUGUUAAAUCCCUCUUAAGUAUUUGAUAUGCUAUUAUGCAUAUACAGAUGAAGUACCACGGUUUUAUAAUUUUAUUGUAAAUAGGGAAUGUAAUCUCGAGAUCUCGCGAGAUUAACGAGACGUCAAAGUCGAAAUAGUACUAAAAAACUAUUGCUUAAAAUUCAUUAAAAUAAAGAAUUAUAUUCCCUAAUUUUAUUGUGAGUUAACCAAAUCAUUUUAAAUAGGUAUUAGUUUUGAGUACAAUCACCAAAUGUUUAAACCAAACCACCAUAAUAGGCUAUAUUAUAUUAUACCCUAUGCGCCGUAACAAGGUGCGGCUGACAGAUGCCUGUAUGACGUUGACGUCUCUCUUUAGGGAUGGACAUUAGAAAAAUCUUUUUUUAUCGCUAUCGAUACUCGCAGCAUACAUUUAAUUCUCUUUAAUUUUUUUAUUAAAUGUGUGUGUUAUUUAGUUGCGCAGUCUAACUACGUGUAUAUACUUGUCAAAAUAAAUAUUUUAUGACCGAGCCCUGAGGUGUUUCAGAGUUACAGUUUUACAGAACCGUGAAGAAAACAAGGAUAUAUUAGUUUGUAUAUGUUAGAUUAAGUACCACCACGCAUUAUCAAUGGUGCCGGAAAUGUCUAGAAAAAUGCCUACUACAUAUUUCUGCUCAGAUAAUGUCACUGUGGUUUGGGCAGAGAGAGCCGCGUCUACAGUGGAUUUACCCACAUAAUUAAAGGUUUUUUAAGAAUGAUAAUUGAACGACGCACGAUUUUCGUUUUAAAUUUUAAAAAAACAUCGACUACCUAUCCGUCGUAGCCGUACAUCCCAUCACUAAACACGACUAUGGCUUUACGUUAUACGCAUAACACUUUACUUUAUUUUUCAUUUCAUUAGAUUUUAAUUGAAUACUAGAACAUUCCGGUUGGUUUUAAUUUAACUAACUACGCAUCCGAAUGAUUUAACAUAAUACGAAUGUGAUACAGCUAAAAUAUUAAGGCAUAAUUUUUAAAUCGCAGCAACUUUCAAGAGUGAUACGAAACGUUACUGAAUCUGUCAGCCGCACCUUGUUAGAGCGCAUUAGGUAUAGUUCAAAAUAUUUUUUUCGUUUAUGUAAGUAAUACAUGGUUCCCUGAUUUAGAAAAUCCUCAAUAGUUUUCCAAAGUAAGACAACUAGUCAAGUUCAAUACUUUUAUCGAAAUGUCAAAAACUAUUAUUUUUUUAUGAAUUUUGCAUCGAAAUCGCAACAUCAUACUCAAUUUUGUAAAAUUUGCUACAGAAAACAAAAAAAAAAAAUUAAGUAGAUCGCCAAAUCAAUGAAUGAAAGUAUUAAAUUAUUUUGAAAAUGUUUUGACCUUCUACCCAAUUGUGUCCAGUGUAUGAUAUCACUCCCUACUGGAUAGGCUUUAUGCAAUUUUUAUAUAUUGAACCUCACCUAUGUCCCUACCAUACAUUUAUGAUUUACUACUAUAAGACAGUAACAAUUUGUAAUUUAAAGCUAAAUAAAUACCGUGCAAUGCUAUGUUAGAGAAUGUUUGAUAUUCGAAAUAAUUAUAUGUAAAUAAUUUUACUAUUUCCUAAGGAUAUUAUUACUUGCAAUUUUUAAUGAAAAAAUCGGAAGUUACUUUCUAAGAACAUUUAAUAAUUUGAUUGGAUAAAUUUCUCUUUACGAAAGUGUUUUAUAUCAUCGGAUUUUUAUUUGGUUUAAGUACAAUCAGCCAACUUAUUUGGUAUGCAGGUAAAAUAUAAAUAUACAUUCGACUAAUUUUUUUAAAACAAUACUUACUGUCUCUGUACUGAAUCAAUUUCAAUGUUCUUACCUGCAUACUACGUAAAUAACUUCACUGUUUUUAUAAUAAAGAAAAGAAAAACAUGAAUGUAAAACAAAAUAAAAAACGUAUAUUUGUAAAUGAUUAGUCUUAAGAAGUUUGUAUUAUAAUAUAAAGAGUUGUUUUAAUAAAAUAUUUAUAUUGAA